GCGGCUCUCUGUCUGCGUCCGUCCGUCUGUCUCUCUGAAAACUCCUCUGCUCCGCUGCGCGUCAAAACAUUGCGUCUCUGCAGGAGUCUGCAGGCCGGACAGGAGAGCACAUUUCCUGGGGGAGGAAUGCGAGAGGAAAUUUUGGAUUGGCACAGCUUCGAGAAGACCGAGGAGGCGCGACACUUCUGCGUGGAACCCCGCUUUUUCUUCAUCUCAAAGGUGUUCACCUCCCAACCCACCGCCCACCACGGCCCUCACCUGUGUGUUGCGGUGCUUCCCCUGUGAGCCGACCUGGGCUGGCAGUCCCUUCUUGCACCGCCCGCCAACUCCGCCCAUGGUCAGAAUGACGCGCUCCAAAACUUUUCAGGCGUAUCUGCCGAACUGCCACCGGACCUACAGCUGCAUCCACUGCCGGGCUCACCUGGCCAACCACGACGAGCUCAUCUCAAAGUCGUUCCAGGGGAGCCAAGGCAGAGCCUACCUGUUCAACUCAGUGGUGAAUGUUGGGUGUGGUCCUGCAGAGGAGAGAGUUCUGCUGACAGGUCUGCAUGCUGUGGCAGAUAUCUACUGUGAGAACUGCAAGACCACGCUGGGCUGGAAAUAUGAACACGCUUUCGAGAGCAGUCAGAAAUAUAAAGAGGGGAAGUUCAUCAUCGAGCUGGCCCACAUGAUCAAGGACAACGGCUGGGACUGAGCUCUCCUGCCGACCGCGGGCGGGGAAGAACUGGGGGUGGGAGUUGGGUGGGGGAGUGGCCGUGUGUGGUGGGUGAGUGUGUGACUUUGGUUUGGCCGAUUUACCAUUAACCUCUGUAACUUACUGCCCAUCCCUCCCCGGCGCCCCUCCCGACAAACGCAGACACAAACACACAUCCGCAGUUUGACGGAUAGACGAGGUCGGCUUGUUCACAGCUAGCAGGGCUAGCGGGACUGUGUGAUUUUUGAGUUUUAUUUUUCUGAUCUUAGAAAUUGAACUCCCAAACAAGACUCCUCUGCAGCAACACGAGUCCUCUAAAUAUGGCGGAUAGCUCUGCCUCGUCUAAUGCGAUGAUUAGCAGACUGUUGGGUCAGUCCCUGGAUCUCUUGCCAGAAGGAGAGCAGUUGGUGUCGGUUGGAGGGCUGAUGAGCGUUCGCUCCUUCCCCAGCAUGAAUGAGAUGACUUAAGAUGAUUACAACAAAUCCAGCUGAUCGGGUCCUUGCCAGCUGGACCAGAGAGGAGGCCCGGCCGGCGGCCGAAGGGGUCAAGCGCAGUGGGGCGUGGUGGAUGCAGGGUGAAAUCCCUAUCCUGUUUUCUUCUGGCAUCGAUUGAUUCUGGCUAAAAAUCGGAUCUGUGAUUUGUUUGGAUAGCAGGACCGACGCCGGGAUUUCAGGCUGGGCUAAAGCUUGCUGGGAGUUUUCCUGUGAAUGUCCUUCUGAGGAUGUUGGCAGAGGUGAUGCUUUUGUCACACGUCCUCACAGUUCAGACGUUAGCUGUCAGCUUUUGGGGUAAACACACAAACUAGCCCUGCUGCCAUGCAAGUGGCUGUUUCAGAGAUCCUAAAAUAGUGGCUCAGGUACGAGUAGACAAAGUAAAACGCCAAGACCGCAGCAGUCUGUACUGUGGACUAUCUGGCAUCCAGCUGCUGUUGCCCUGAUCUUUCAGUAAGAUCUUCCAUAAUACACUUUAGUCUGCCAGCUUACUAAAUAUGCAUUAUUCUCCUUUAAGGGGGCAAUAUUGGAGUUGAGGUUACAGGAAGGAAGGCCCUGCUCAGGUACAUUGACGCUAACUUUUCUUUGCUGAGGCUGGAAUCCUACUGAUUGAGGUGGAUAUGUGGGUAUUUUACGUGAAUCUUCAUCCCAUCCAGAUUCAGUGUUAAUGCAUGCAAAAUUCAAAAGCACCGUCCGACCGGUUUUUGUGCGGCGUUCCUGUGAAAAGUGUGUUGCAGUGAAACUUGUGCUGUGAUGCAAAAUCUGCUCAGUUUCAUCUCAGCCCGUCAUCUUUGCAGCGACGCGGAGCGUUCAGGUCGGCGGCCAUCCUGCUACAAAGACGGGAGAUUUAACACAGUCUCCUGAGCCCUCUCCACUCUAACAGUUAACUGUGAUCAGUGCGUUAAGCCCAGCACAACCAAAGAGCCCGCCGUCAACGAUAAACUGCCCGAGCUGAAGAUUUCAUUUUACGAAAUACUGCGAAACCAGAGGCGAGAUCGGAGCAAAGUGUGGGGACAGCCUUUCUCUGUGAUAUAUAUAUAAAUAUAUAUAUGAUGCAUUACUAUUUUGUAAAGAAAACACCCUAAUAUAUAAAUAUAUUCUAUUUACUGUAUCAUUCUGAAGGUUACCAUGUUUGUCCACUUGUGUGUUACGGACUGUAAAUAGUGUUAAUGUAUUGUGUUUUAUCAAUGGUCCAUAAGAUGAUGAAUGAAUAUGAUUUCGGUCAUGUCAUGCUUUCUCACUGGUACCAUGCAUUUGGCUGUAAAAUACUACUUUUUUACUGGAAUAUUUCAAUUUUAACGUCUUUUGUAAAGGAGGAUGCUGAUAUUGACUGUAUAUCAUUGGAUCUUCAUGGAAUAAAAGGCACCUUAAUAUCCGA